AGUGCAGCCACAUUCAUGAAAGUCUCAUGAAAUAUCACAAACAGACGCUUGUGUGAACAAAUAAACUCGUAGAACUCAUUCAAACUAACACCACGAAGCUCAAACUAUGUGUUUCACGUGAUUUGUUUGUGUUCGUUUCGAGGAUAAAGCGCGCUGUAAAGUGUCGCGCUAACUUUAAGCUAGCUCCGUGGAACCGCCUCCUGCCCGUGACGCAUGAACGUAGAAACCCCGCGGGGGGUGAGAGCACGGAGGGCUGAGGACUGAACCCUCCUCGGCUCGGCGGUGGUUUGUUGUGGUGAGUGUGUACCAUGGUGACAGAGGCUCCAGCAUCUGUUCACUUUAGUUUAGCGGUUUUCACGGCAACAGAGGAGCGACCCCUGCUGCUGCUGCUGCUGCUGGAGCGUGUAAAUCUGCCACCGUGUGUCCUCACAGAGAGAGAGAGAAUAAGAAGAUCCUCAGCUCACCAGACUGACUGGUUGGACCUGGUGAGCGGCUGGAUGCUGUUGAGCAACGAACUCCUUUUUUUCUCCCGUCAUCUUCAAUGUUACUCGAAAACAAGUGUGAAAAUCACAGUAUUCUUUGAAAAUGAACGGCAGAGGCAUCUCCUCGUCCUCAGGACUGACAGAUGAGUCCUCGUCCUCGGCUGAACCUCAGCACUGACCUGCAGUCUGCACAAAAUCAACAUGUGACAAGUUCAACGCUGCGUUCAGAUUCAUAAGGAUGAAGAUAACGGACGCAGGUGAAGCUGGAUGAGGAGGAGUUUGCUCCUGUCGCAGCCGCAGACGAGUCAUGUGAAGAAGUAAGUCAGUUUGUGACUAUGUCACAUCAACAGUCUCCUCAUCCUCCAGGGAUCGACGCGGAAACGUUUCCAAACAUGGACAUCGCAGAGAGCCUCGGAAGUCUCGAGUCCAGUCUUCUCGGAUCUGAAGAUGAGGAGGAGCUGCAUCUGGAGUCUUUCACAGCGCCGGUCUUCACAGGCAAACCAAAAGUGAUAAAGUCGGGCAAGCGGGCGUCUCCUGAUGCUUCCUCACGCCAAGAGCCGAGGACGCCUGGAGCCACGAUGAUGAAGUCUGGCUCGCUCAGAAACCUGUGUCUUCGUAAGACCCCAGACUUCUCCAAAGUGCUGCCCAGAGUCAACGCCCCCAAAGACAGCAAACCCACCGUGUGCAGACGCCCGUCAGCGAGGGAAUCCCCGUCUCCCGAGCUCCACCUGAACCCGGCCGACUACGUGAAAGAGGCCCUGCUGAACACCUCCGACGCCGUCUCCAACCCCAAGGUGCAGAAGACCAUCAUCACGCUGGUCGAGCGGCUGCAGGAAGACUACAGCAAGCUGCUGAUUAAACACGCAGAAGCGGAAAACACCAUCGAUCGUUUGCGUUUUGGAGCUAAGGUGAACCUGUUCUCGGAGCCUCCGAAGCCGAGCUGCUCGGUGCCGUCAGAGCUGAGUCAGCACGCGUCCAGGUCCAUGACGCUGGACUUUCCUCAGGCUCAGAGACCGCAGCUCGGCUCAGCUUCUCCUCAGACAAACGGACACGGCGCCGAGCCGAGUUUGUUCUCCGAUACGUCAGCUCUGAGUUCUUCAGCUCACCACGGCCUCAACAUGGGACAACACGCCGCUCAGACUCUCCACAAUCAGGCUGCCAAGUUCUUACAGCAGGAAAGUGAUGAAAGAAACGUAAACCAUGAUCCUGGGAUUUCCUUUCAGCUGCUCACCUUUGAGGAUCUCCUGAAGACCAAAACACCUCCACCGUUUCAACAGAUGAAGGGUCUCUUACAUCUCUUUGAAGAGCUCAACUCUUUGGAAAUGGGCUACCUGUUGGCGAGGGACGAGCACAAACUACAGCAGCAGUGCGGGGACGACGUGACUCCAUUUGACUGUGAACGGGACCUGGAGGAGCAGAUCCAUCAGUUCCGACUACAUGCGGAGGAGCUAAAGGAGCAGGUGGAGCAGACGCUGCACAACAAACCCACCUGUGAGACUCCGCCCUCUUCACCUCCUCAAUCCUCACCUUCUUACGUUCACCCAGAGGGGGAGGAAACCCGGGGGCAUCCACAGAUCUCACCUGUGUCAGGAGCAGCUGAAUCGGACGGUCAGGAGUCUGCUGUCAGCAGCAGCAGCAGCAGCCCACAGUGGAGCUGCACGUCCUUUUCACCGUCACACGGAGCCGCCGCUGCUGCUGCCACCGCCGCUCAGUCCACCUCACCGUCCGUCCAUCGUCAACAUCACCAGAUUUGGGCGGAGCUGAGAAAGUCCAACAGCAGCAGUCUGAGCAGCCUGGCAGAGAUUCCUGCCCCAGAGAGGAGGGAGAGCAAACUCCAGCCCGGGAGCAGCAGAACAGCGCCUCCUCAGGACGGACUCAUCUCUCCAGAGAUGGACAGUGGCUUUGUCGGUUCAGAGAGCAGCCGUGUGACUCCCGCUGCAGCUCCCAGUCCUCUCCACCAGAUGGCAUCACAGAGGGAUCUGGAGCAGCUGAUCUGUCACGCACGACUGUGCACCAAGAACCUGAUGGAGAUGAUGGAAGGCAAGAUGCAGGAGGAGUCCGCCUGUGAGACUCCGCCCACUCCACCUCCUCCUCCUCCUCAGUCCACACCGCCUUCGUCCGCUGUUCCGUCAGAGGCUGAAGAAGCUCGGAGGAUUUCACACGUUCUUCCUCCUCCAUACGCGUCUCUGAAGGUCGGCCCAGGAAAGACUGAGUCACAUGUUCAGGAGUCGUCCGUCGUCAGCAGCAGCGUCAGCAGCAGCGUCAGGUCCAACCCAGCGUCACACAGAACCUCUGCUCACUCCACGUCACUGUUCACUCACCCUCACCCUCAUGCUCAUCCUCAUCCUCAUCCUCAUGCUCAUCCUCGCCACGUUCAGAGUUCAGAGAUGAGAGAGUCGCCGAGCAGGAGCAGGUCUCGCCACCAGAUGGCGUCACAGAGGCCUGACGAGAGAAGCUGGAGCGACGAGUUCAGUGAAAUCAGACAAACGUCCUGGACGCCGCUGAAAACCUCCAGCGUGGUCAGACCCAAAACCCCACAGAGUCGAAUGUCUGAAAACAGUCGGAGUGACUCGUUCACCAAGUCCUUCAACUCCCUCUACAGAUCCCACCCAAGCUCCGCCCUCCCAACACCGCAUCGCCAUGGUGAUUCUCUCAGAACUACGGCAUCCAGACAGGUGGCAAAUCAUGAACCCGAGGAAAUCUGUUCGAGCGAUGAAUUCAAUGAACUCAGGCGAACUGCUCGCACGCCGCCCAAAGAAUCCCAUACAGUGGGACAGAAAACACCACAGCAUCACAGAGGCAAGCCGAGGCUGGCAGUUUCUUUCAUGCAGCCAUCCACGUCGUCGUCACAGUCCCAGCCUCAGAUGAACAAGUGUCUCCACUCGUCUCCUCCUGCUGCACCAGCAGAUGGAACUGACAGCAGAAAUCAUCAAGCUCCACCAUUUUGUGUUGAAUGUUCAGCACAUCGACAACGACGAUCUGAACGACAAGUUAGAGGAAACAAGACGUCACCUUCCUCCUCCUCCUCCUCCUCCUCCUCUUUGUCUCCCUCCUGCUGUCUUCGAUGUCCUCGCUGUGGACGCCUUGGACCGCACAGAGAGACAGAACCAGACUCUCGCAGACGCUCUGACUCGCACACACACGCACGCUGCCAAACUGCGGAGUCGCCCGACGGAACGACGAGGAGCCGCCGCGCCGUAGCUCCGCCUCCACUGCCACCGUGCAUGAUCGUGGGUCAACCUUUACUCGUGUACCCGCUGCCCGUCCACGUUUCUCCUAGCAGCAACAGCACGGGUUCAUCACCAGGGGUCAUCAGAGGUCACGACGCAAGCCGCUUGCCGCCGCCACCGCCGCCCGUGGAUGAGCUGAGCUCUCUGGACUCUUCUCUGAACAGAGCCAUCCGAGCGGCUCGACGCAUGAGACACACGUCCAGACACAUGGCUCACUCUCAAGCUCAGGGACUGCACUAUCACAAACUGCUGAGUCAUUCCUGAAGCCCCGCCCCCUCAAGCAACAAGCCUUCAAAGAGAAAAAAAAAUGUCUUUUUUUGACAAUUUCUGACUUCUUAUGGACCAAACACAUGCCGAUGAUAUUUGAUGUGAGACAAAGCCUUAGUUUCUACAUUUCUUUAGUUUCUCAGGGGUGCACGGUGUCUCUGUGGUAAGCGCCAGUGUCUCACAGCAAGCAGGUUCUAGGUUUGAAUCCCGUUUCGACUGCUGUGUCAUUCUUAUCUCAAAAAAGGUGCUAAAAUCAUGCAGGACUGUAGAUCAGUUUGAUUGAAAAUGUUGUUAAUCAUAUUGAUUUUCUAACUUCUGUCCAAAUAUUGUGGUUGUCAUGAGUUAAAGGGAUAAUUCAGGUGUUUUUAGGUGUGUUUGCAUGAGGCGUUGACUCACACAUCCCGAGCUGAAGCCACCGAAAAACCAACACAUUUUAGCCACUGAACAAAAACGUUAAAAUCAAAUCGCUCUUUCACCAAAGUCCAUAGAGAAAACCAGCGUUUUUAGCUUGUGGGUGACACAGGAGCUGCUGUUCGUCUGCUGCCUCGUGUGGUCAGUUUAUGUCACUUGGUUGAUUCUGAGCAAAUGUUUUUAAAAGAAGACGUUACAAUAUAACACAUUUGAUUUUACUGAUGGAUGCAACAGUGGAUCAACGGCUCCUCCUGUGUGCUGUGAUGUAAAAUCACUGGUUUUCUCUAUGGGGUUUGGUGUGAGGACAAUUGAUGGUUUAAUGGUGAGUUUUUGUUUUACUUGUGUUCCCAUGCAGGGGGCGCUCACCACACGUGUGUGUCGUCAGUGCCUCACACAAACACACUUCAAAAAGACUUUUAUUAAGAGGCAUUUGUUGAUCAUGUGAUUAUAUUUUUGAUAAUUAUGUGCCACAUUUGUCUGUAGUUUGUAGAAAGAACUUUGCUCAGGAUUUUGUUUGUAUUUUACUUGUUUAUGACAUAAAACUGUGACUCUUUA